AUGCCGCGCGGGUGGCGGCGGCGCUUCACGGGCGUGGUGCGCCACUCGCAGGCGUACCGCAAUGCUGCGGGGCUGCAGGGGCGGCACGUCGUGCUGCUGGGCGUCGGCAACUCGGCGCUCGACAUCGCGCUUGAGGCUGCACGCGGCGACGCAGCGUCUGUGACCAUCGUCUGCCGUGGCGGCACGACCAUCAUUCCCGUCGCCGACGACGACGGGCGCCCCCUGGACGGCGUGCUGCUGACGCGCUUCUUCCAGAGCCUGCUGCCGCCCGCGCUGCGCAUGCUCCUCUUCUACCUCCUGACGCGGGCGACCAACGAGGACUUCCGCGCCGCUGGACUGCCCGAGCCUCCCGGCGGCUUUGGCUCGGCGACGGCGGCCAAGGAGCAAUUCUCGAACCUCAAG